UUGAGUACACACAAAUCGCAUCGCAUCGCAUCGCACCCACUGACCAACAAUCUAAUCUAUAUGUGGGUGUGUCUCGUCUCGCAUACACUACAUCGCCGGCCGGCCACAGAUAAACGCCCAUCCUCCAUCUAUCCAUCCAUCCAGCCCUCCAUCCGCCCGCGGCACACAUAUGAACAAGUCAGUGACCCUCCAUCCAUCCAACCAGCCAGCCAACAAACCGACACACCAACACAACCUCUUUCAUCUGAGCGGCCUCGCGGGAUGCAGCGGCCGCGUCCUCCUGAACUGUCUUAUAUCAUCAUGCGUCCGCAGAACCACCCCCCCAUCACCCGCAGCAGCCGCCUCGCCCGCCUUCUUGUCACCGGCCUGUUGUGCAUGUGCCUCUGCUGUCUUGUCGUGGCUCUCUCGGUGUGGGAUCGACCAGAAGUGGGACGCCAGCAGCCGACGGGAGGGGGCGGUCUUGGCUAUGUGCUCGUCAAACAGCGCCAGCAGCCGCUUCUGAGGGAGGCAGGACAUAGAAGGGGGAAAAACAGAUGGAUGUGUGUGUGUGUGUGGAGGGGGAAGGGCGCGUAUGCGGUCCGGUCCGAACAUACCUUGCUGAUUUUGGUGUUGUCUUGGAGCACUGCCGCCUCCCUCUCCUUGCGAUCGAACACAAACUGGCGCAGGGAGAUCUCACGCCACAUACGGGAGCUCUCCUCAGCCAACCUGUACACAGCCACAGACGACACACACAUACACAUGACCACGGUCAUGCCCAACGGGCCUCUGUGUGUGUGCGUGUGUGUGUGUUACCGUUUGUCUCGCUGUGUCUUCUUGGCCAGCAGGCCGUUGACGCUGUUGAGGAACUCCUGGUCGCUCAUGUCGACCACCUCCUGCCGCAGUUUGACCAGCCAGCCCUCGAUGUGCUGCUCCAGGGCCAGGGGGUCGGCCACGGUGGACUGCACACGCACGGAGAAACCUCUCGUGCCGUACAGCGACCGGACCAUCGUGUCCACAAUGUAUCCGAGCUGGAGUUCGGUGCGCAGGCGAUUGAAGGCCGACCUGCGUCGCAUCAGACAAGGGAGAUGGAUGAGCGGACAGAGGAUAUGGAUGGUGCACGGCAGGGCAGGGGGGGCGUGAGGAGUGUGUGUGUAUAUAUGGUACGGUACCGGUAUGCGAUCUGGUCAAGCAAGUCCAGCAAGAGGUCCCUCUCGAAGCUCAGAUCCUCCAAACCAACCUGCACACACACACACACGCAUGCAGACUAGACUCACACCCAUCCCUCCCUUCCUCCAUCCCUCCGUCCCUCCCUUGACCUUCAUUCCAUCUAUGUAUGGUCCACUCCACUGACCUGGAAGUGCACCUCGACGGCCGAGUUGGGCUGGUUGGCGUCGACACUUGUCUUCUCGACGACCACUCCCCUGCCGCCCGGUGUGCCGCUCGCCAACGGCAGCUCCACGCACCGGUUGACGGGCUCCUCGCCCUCGAGCAGCGGGUCGAUCCGCAGGACAUCAGCGGCCUGCCUGGCGGUGUCCUCUGCCUCUUCGCGGUGGAAGUUGCCCGAGACGAAACAGGUGAUGUCGCCCCUCGCCAGGGACUCCUGCACGUUGCGGGCCAUCUCCUCGGGGUUGCACUGGCGCGGAUUGGACAGGAAAGAGAUGUGCUGGUCCCACGAGUAGCCUCGGGGAUUCAACACCUCGUUGACAGACCGGCUGCAACCAACCACAUACUAACAGGUGUGUCAAUGGGACGGGACGGUGGGGUGGCCUGACAUACCUACCUUGCGAGAUGGUACGACUCGGCGAAUCUGCUGUUUUCGUAUCUCCUCUUCUCCUUCUGUCUCACGGUCUCAAAUCUCUCGAGCAGCUUCUGCUUCCUCGCUUGACCCUUGGUCAACCCCUCCUAGAACAAACAAACACAUUCAUGCAUAUCAUAUACAUACAUCACACACGCGGGUGAGGUGAUACCGACCGUCUGUGUACUUUGCACACAUCCCGUUCCUCCCCGUCUCGUCUCACCUGUAUGUCGUCAUCGUCUUCCCACCGGUCGUCAUCCUCUUCUUCCCUACUCGACUCGGGCGGCGGCAAAUGGACGUUCUUGUACUCGGUCAGCAGGCUCUGCAUGGCCUGCAGCACCCGGGUCAUGAGCAAAGGCAGCUUCUCGCUGAAGCCCCCCACGCUGAUGGUGAUGUCGCCGCGGCUGUAGAAGUCCAUCUGGCACCCCAUUCCCGCCUGAGAGGCGUCGUACAGCAGCGGGUUGAGCUCCUCCCCCAACAGCUGCAUGAAGAUGUCGUUGAGCAGGUACGAUGCGGGGUUCUGCUGACUGGAUGGGACCGUCAGCUGCAGAUAAAGAUGGCCCUUCGGCACCCGGAACUUGCGAUCCAUCUUGUGUAGGAUCUCGACGGUCCUCUCGCCGCUCUCGCCAGGGGUGGACACCCGGAAUCGCUGCGGGAAGUCGUCCUCACCACCACCACCACCACCACGAUCCUCAUCCAGCCGCCUCGCUGACACCUGCACCAUCGCCUCGCCUGGCCCCCCAUCAGUCGCCGCCCGCUCGGCGUCGGCCGGGGGACUCUCCUGGUCGCAUCUCAGGGAGAAAUCGACGGGAACAAGGUCGUUUGGCGGCGGGAGGGUGAGUUUGGAGUGGAUGGAUGAGGGAUGGGCCCAGUCCCGGAGUUUCUUGGGGUCGAUGUUGACCUCCCGGUGCAGCGUGCCGUACCACUUCUCUUUUUUCCACCCGUCGGGCCGCUGACAGACAGGGAGGGAUGAAGAGAAAGACAUUCAUCGGAUGGAUGGAUGGAUAGAUGGGCGGUUGUGUGUGCGCGUACCUCCUGAGCGUGUUUCUCGAAUUCCUUUGAGAUGAUGGUGAAGAUGCAGUUGCGUGGGAUGAGGUAGUGGUCAAGCAGCUCGUGGAUGUCCUCCGGUGCCCACUUGGUCAGCAGCGCUGGCCCACUCAACACACGGGGCGGCUCGAAGUCAAAGAGGUUCCGCGACACCAGCGUCGCAAAGGACUGCACAGAGAGAUACAACAGAGGCAAUGUGCAUCUCGCCUGCCCUUGCGCGUGUGUGUGGCGUGCUCACCGCUGGGUCGAUCUUCUCUGAGAAUCGGAAUUUCAUGGACCUGAGUUUGGCGAUCUGGUCGAAGAGCGCCUGCGAGGGCGGGGCGUUGCUGAUGAGGGCCAGGUACUGGAAGGUCAGCGAUGUGAUCUCCUCCAGGUGCUGCAGACCCUCGUGGGUCAGGUCGAUGCUUAUCCUGCACACACAAUGGAUGGCGAUGUCCUAGUGUGCUGUGCUAUGUGGUGUGGUGUGGUGUGUCAAUGGCAUGGCUCACCUGAAGAUGUUGAAGUCAGUGGCCUCAAAGUAUGGGGCGGCGUUGAGCUCCUCUGCCCAGCCCUUCUCCACCAGCAGCUUUCGCAGACUGCCGGCGCCCUGCACAGACAGACAGACAGACAGACAGCACCGCCAUGCAGACAGACACGCUGCCGCCAUGGCCCCCCGUCUGGCUGCCUUCGUACCUCGUAUCCGAGAAUGUAUGACAGAUACAUAUCCGGCUUGGUCUCCCUGACAACGAGACAACACACAUCAAAACACGGCCACAACACAAGGGUGAGUGAGUUGGUGUGGAUGGUAACCCUCACUUGAAGUCCUCGAAGUGCGGGUAGGGGAAUGAGAAGACGAUCCUCUUGAUGUCGCGGAUGGGCACCACUUGGUACUUCUUGCCCAGCGACUGGUAUGAGAAGGGCUCCACGGGGUACUCGAACACCGUCGGCCUGUCGUUGUUGACGAUAGGCGAAAACAUCUGGUCAAUACAGCACACGCACACGCUCUCUUCAGUGAAUGUAGGCCUUGGGUGGUGGCUGGCUAUUGGCUCGCUGACCUCCUGCACCCAUUUCUCGAGCUGCUCGACGUCGUCUCGGCCCACCACACAGAGCUUCAUGGCGUUGCCCGAAUAAUACGCCUCAUGGAACUGCUUCAGAGCAGCACGGACGUCACGGCCCUGGUCCACACACACAGAGAUAUACACACACCUUGCGUGGCAGGGUUUGUGGUGCAGGCCAGCUGACCUUAUGCGGCUCAUUUGAGAGUGUUUGGAGGUUGCCGGUGGCGAACUUUGAGAAGGGGUGUUUGGGGUGUGCCAUGGUCUUGGUGAGCAUCCACAGGCGGCGCUGGUCGGACUGGACGUUCUUGUAGAACUCGCUGUCCACCGCAUUCACCUCACGGUCUGUGGCGUCCUCGUUGAACAGCGGAGAUAUGAAGAACUGAGAGAACCUGCACAUACACACACACACACACACACAGAGAGAGAGAGAGACCAACCCAUCUUCGGACUGGUCCCUCAGCUGUGGCAUGGCGCAUACCUACCUGUCGAGGGCGCCGUGCAGGUGGUCGUAGGCCACCUUGAAGUAGUAGUUUGUGGUCUCGGUCCAUGUGACGGCGUUGCUGCGGCCGCCAUGGCGGUUGAGAUACCGCUUGUACUCGCCCUCGACAGGAAACUUCUCAGUCCCCAGAAACAACAUGUGCCUGCACACGCACACACACAUCCCAUGAGUGGCAGGGCAGAGUGCCUCUGACUGACGCCACGCCAGACCCCGGUCGCUCACUCGUGGAAGUGCGCCAGGCCCGCGAAUUCCUCGGGGUCUUGGAAGUGGCCGACCUUGACGUGCAGGGACGCAGCGGCCAUGUCUGCAGUGGGGUCGCUCACCAGCACGGCCUGCACCCCAUUGCCCAGCCAGAUGGUCCGAUAGGUCCGGUCGUCCACGUCCGCCUUGUCCAUGCCAUCCACUCGACGCACUAUCGCACCACCCGACUUGGCCUUGCCGCCCUCCUCCUCGCUGCCCACACUCGCGUCUGUGGCGAUGAGUCCCACAGCCCCGCCGCUGGCCGCCGCUGUCGUCAAGGCGAUGUGGCGGGCUCGAUGGUGCGGCCUCCCGAUGAAGCAGUGCCAUAGGCGACUGGUGAAGUUCUUGCCUUGCGGGAGUCGGCAGUACGCCAACGAGCGGAUGGUGCGACGGUAGGGGCUGUACGCUUGCGUCAGCACCACAUAGCACAGGAGCGGCUUCCACUGAUGAUGCAGAUCUGACAAGGGCGGGAGGCGCAUCGCGCGCUCAAAAACUCACCAGAUCUGCGCUGAUAGAUA